UUAGAUAGUCAUCUUAAAACAUACCACCAAACUGUCUCAUGAUGUGGAUAUAAUGUAUGUGAUACUAUAAAUAUAGUUGACCCUAUUACUCUCAAGUCUCAAUUAAACUAGGAAGCAACAAAUCCAAAUUCCAUUCCUUUCCUAGCUAGACCCGCCUACUUUGCCUAGUGCUUCCUUUUCUUUUUCCCAUUUUCAUUUCCCCACGUGCCAAAAGCCUUGUUCUGAUCGCAUGGCAUCAUCAUCGUCAUCGUCGAAGAGGCACCCAAUGUACCACGGAAUCCGGUGCCGCGGAGGAAAAUGGGUAACCGAAAUCCGUGAGCCACGUAAGACAAACCGCAUAUGGCUGGGGACGUUCCGGACGCCGGAGAUGGCGGCUGCGGCCUACGACGUGGCGGCGCUGGCUCUGAAAGGCGGCGAAGCAGUUCUCAACUUCCCUGACUGGGUUGGCAGGUACCCGGUUCCCGCCUCCAAAUCCCCUGAGGACAUCCGCACCGCUGCCAUUGCUGCAGCCGAACUCAUGAAGCCUGAAGCCAGCAACCACAACAAUGUUAAUGCAUCCACAACUAACGCAGCAGUUGAGUCUGUUCCUUCGUUUGAAACUCAGUUUCUGGACGAGGAAGCCAUAUUCUCCAUGCCAAGUUUGCUGCAUGACAUGGCUGAGGGAAUGCUGCUAUCCCCUCCCAGAAUGACUCCACACUUCGAUGACUCCUUCGAAUAUUGUGCUGGAGAAAAUUUGUGGAACUUUUGAUCCUCUAUAAAUUCAUAACAAAAGAAAAAGAAAAAUAAAUUCUUCGUAAAUUAUAGUUAUGUAUUGGAGAAGUUAAUACGAGAGUACUUAUAAACUUAUAAGGAGAAGUUUAUGGACGUACUCUAAAUAAUUAUUAUAAUAUUAAUUAAAGUAAUAUAAUGGAUUAGGAAAUGGGGUUCGCAUCAGACAUAAGUAGUUAGAAUCUGGAUAAUUAAUGAAAAUUAGUUAAAUUGAGAACGACCUGAUAUAUAGGGCUACUUUGUUAUGAGACCAUGUGUCUAUAUCUAUAUAUGUGUGUUUUAGUAUGUAUGCAUUUGGAUAAACUUUGUGACUUGUGAGUGAGAAUUCGUCCUGCACUGCACUGGGCGCAUUCCCAUCGGAAGUUUCUUUAUGUUUUAUUUACCUUUUUUACUUUUGUGAUGUGAGAGUGUUUGUAUCAAAGCUUUGCUUGCUAGCUUUUCUUUUUUGCGUAUUCUAUUAAUAGUAUACGCAUGAUUAUACUGUUGUUCAAGGGAACCAAAACUAGCAACAAGAGUCAAGAAGGAGACAUAAAGUAGGUUGAGACAUGAAAAAGAAGAUCUCUCUGUUGCGACCUAAAAGUUGGAAAGCGCGUAGUCAUGUAUCUCAUCGUGCUUUAAUGGAAUAAUAUAGCAGCAGGAAAUGCCGACUCCACCAAGCUUAAAAUUUA